UCUAAAGUGUAAACAAAUGUUCUAAUUUUUACAAUUUAACUAAAACAAAGUAUUGUGAAUGCUUUUACGAAUUGAAAAAGAUAUACAAUACCGAAUUGAAAAUAAUACUAUUAAUAUUUGGAAUCCAUUGAUUAUAUUAUCAGAAUGGACAGAAAUAUCAGAGAGCAAUUCAUGAAGGACGGUUAUCUCGUGGGCCUUGAUAUGUUGACAGAGGAGGAGGUUGAGUUCUUUUACAGGUCAUUUUUGGCAUAUGAGGAAAGGAUGGGAGGACACGUUAAGGGUGAAUACAGGUUUAAAACCCACUUGUUGCUUCCUUGGAUGCACCAACUUGUGACUCACCCGAAAAUCCUCGACAUUGUUACACAAAUAUUUGGCCCGGACAUAUUGUGUUGGUCAACAGAUCUAUUUCCAAAAGAACCAGGGACAGGGAAAGUGUGUGCUUGGCACCAGGACGCCACCUACGUAGGAAUGGAUCCACCAGACGCACUUACUGUGUGGGUCGCAUUGACAACGUCCGAUUCCGCUAACGGAUGUGUUCAGUUCUCCAAAGGGUCACAUAAAAAGGGCCAACUGGAGCACAACAAAACAUAUGACGAGAAGUCCAUGUUAUUGUUUGGUCAGGAGAUUCCUGUCGAGGUGGACGAGUCCACUGUCCAUGAAGCUGUUCUAAAACCCGGACAGGCGUCUGUACAUCACAUUAUGACUGUUCACGCAUCGGGACCCAAUACAAGUACCGGACGUCGUAUCGGGAUAGCCAUUCGUUAUUGCGGCGCUUACAUUAAACAAAACGAUGGUAUUGGCGAUUCGGCAAUGUUGGUAGCGGGGAAAGACCAUGGAACCUUUCCACUGGAGUCCGUUCCUUGCCGGGAGUUUGGACCAGAUGAAGUUGAGGCCCAUCGGAAGGCGGUCGGAGCUGUAGGCCCGGAGGAUUUAAUUGCAGUGAAAUAGAAAUUGAAUAUGUAUUUCUUGAAGGCAAUAUGAAUCAAGAAAACGAAAAACUGAUAUAUCUACCUAAAUACGAUUUCAUCAACGUCGACACCGUUGAAAUUCAAGUUGUAUUAGAAAAAUGUUAACUUUUCCCUUAUUGCUGGACGUUUCCGAAAAGUAAGAACAUGUAAUAACCUUGUUUUUUUAUGAAAAUAGUUUAUGUAUAUUUAAUUAUUUAUGGAAGAAAGGUGAAGUGAAUGGAAGUACUUUGGAAAUAUUAUGUUUUAUAUACGUAUCGAAUGCGGACCAAAGUUGUUCUAUUUAACUUAAACAUUGGACGGUAACAAUUUUUAUUUUAUUUUUGUUAUAAAAGUUAAAUAUUGGAUUUAAAUUUUGAUGUUAUGUGGUAAAAUGAGUUGAGAUUGAGAUUUGACUUAAGCGAUUUUGUGAUAUUGAUGCAUGUUGGUCAAAAUGACCCAUUCAAAAUUUUUGUGAUUUCUGAUUUUAGAGAUAAUCAUUGGAAAUACUUUUAUACUUCUGAUACUAUUUGGAUAUUUAACCGAAAUGUAUAUCAAUUUCCGCUUCAAUAUAUAUUUGUGUUCUUAUAUGUGCGGUGUUAGUUUCCCUCGGCAACAUUUUUGUUUGCAUUUGAAUUAUUUUUACAUUUUGUCACUCGAAACCCUUAAAGGUGCUCACUAUUUGUAAAAUCUUGUUUAAUAAUAAAAUUUUAAUAAAUACGA